AAAAAGUGUGAACGUUAAAAAUGUACAAGUAGAAUUUGAGAAUUUUAAGCUUAAGUUCAGAAAGUGCGGGUCGGCGUCGGGGUGAACAUAAUACAGAACUUUGCCUGGGAUGUUUGUCAUUUUCCUACCAUGGCUGGAAACAGAGAGAAUGAACACAAAUCAACUUAUUGCCACACCAUGAAGAGGGGACCAUGGAGAGCUGUGCAUUUUGAUUGGCAUUUUGGAGUCGAUCAACCUGAAAAAGAAAGGAGAGGACUCAUUACUGAAAGAUUUGAAAUUAGAUCGAUGGCAGAGAAGCUCAACUUUACCAUCUAUCCAUCAGCAAAAAAUAUAUUACAAACCAGGAAUUUAACGAAACCAGACUUCUUAAGGGAACUACAUAGAUUUAAAGAGCUGUGUGCAUCAGAGCCUUGUGGCUGUAUUUUGAUGACCAUUUCCUCACAUGGAGAAAUUGUAAAAACAGAUGACCAGGGAGGCAGUGAAAGCUUUGAAAUAUUUGAAGAUAACAUCUUAACACACCAGGACAGUUCGGCCUUCUCCAGAGAUGAUAGUAGGGUGCCAGUAAGAGAAAUCAUUGAAGUGUUCAGGGAUAGGAAAUUAAAACCAAUUCCCAAAAUAUUUUUUAUACAGGCCUGCAGAGCUGAAGAAAAUAGCACAACUGAUGUAGAUACAGGCAUUCGUGUUGGUUACAGACAAGAAAAUGAGUUUCAGUAUCAAGAUGACCCUCUUAACAGAUCACACUCAACUCCAUAUUUAGAGAACAGUGUCAUGGUUUACUCCACUCCAUUUGGUUAUUCUGCUGGGUUCAGCGAUCGCAUUGGAAGUCAUGUAUGGGAAGUUCUACAGAUGACACUUAAAGAGAUUUUAGCACAAGUACCUGUAAUUGGACCUGUGAAUCUGCUGCAUUGGUUGAAAGAAACAAACAACAGACUGGCCAAAUCAGAGGAAUAUGAGAUGGAUGAUAUCGAAUACAAACCUCUGCUCAGUAUCUGCCACACACUGACAAGGAAUAUUAUUUUUGAUACAAACAACGACUAAAGAAAUAGGAGUUUUAAGAUCUACACCCACCUUUGGUCUAUUUUUUAUAGUCAUGAAUUAAACAAAAUCACUUAUCUCUAGAAUAUGUUUUCUUAAACAUAAUUCAGAUUUUGAACUUAUAUUUGAUUAACGCCUGUGUACUAUUAUCAAUAUGAAAUGUUUUUUAAAACCAUGCAUUAAAUGGACAUGAUCACAGUUUGUGCUGAAAAUGUUAUAUUUCCUGUUUGAAUGUCAACAGUACUUUAUGAAUUUGUUUCCAGUAAGCAACAUAAAUUUGAUCAUCUGUCGAUGGAGUUAUAAGCGAGAUAUAGUGGUCAUAAUUCUUUGUUAUGAGAAAAUAGGAUGGAUUUGCUAUAGUUUCGUUUUCAUAUGUUCAUAAUGGUAAAAACCUCAUUUAAUUUGAGUAAGGAUCUUCUUGCAAGUUUAUUAUUAAUAUUAACACUAAUUAAAAAAGAUAUACAUGUAUAAUGCUUUUCACAUGUAAUUUGUUUUGAAUAUUGUGUUUUUUUGGCAUUAUUAACAAAACAAAGAGUGAUAAACCCUGAAUCUCGGUUUAAAAAUGGAAAAAUGAUAUUUGAAAUAUUUUUGUUAGCUCAAGCCUUUAAACUGAAAUACUAAUGUUAUUUAUGUAAUAUGCCUCUAUAUUAAGGAAGAAGACUACUCUGGUUAUCGACUUGUCAAAAGUAUAUUUGGUUACAUGUUCAUUAAAUCAAGAUGAAAGGAAGUU